GCAUUCAUUAGUAGCUGUGAUAUACCUAUGUGUUCUACGUAAUUCUGAAAUUCAAGAGCAAUUUUGUAUCAUUGUUUAAUUAUCAAGAGUUAAUUUCGUUUGUUAAUAAACAAUGAGUGGAAUACAAUAGAAAUUUAUUUACUUCAAUAUGGCGAAAACUAAAACCAUCAGUAAAGUUUGUCCAAAGUGUGAACAGCAGGUCCCUGUAGCUUGUAAGGCUUGUCCUUGCGGACAUUCAUUUUUCAAUGCUCGACGAAGUUCAAUCAAGAGUCCACCAAGCCCCGAUGGUGGUGUUAUGAAGACUCGAAGAACAAACCGCAUAAAGCGGGAGAAACCAAAUUACUAUGAUGCAUUGGAAUAUGACAAACAAACAAAACAAAGUGCCAAGAAAAAAAGAGCUGCUGAAACUGGAAACGACAUUGACUGUAGACAAUUAAAUAAGAAGAAGAAGCGGAAAGGGAAGGGCAAGGGCAAAGGUGGUGGUAGCAGCGGUGCUGGGGAUGAUGACGAUGAAAUGGAAGGUGUUAGUGGACUAUCUCCUGACAAACAGCUUACGUGUUCUCUUAUUUUACAAGAACUGAAUAAUAAGAUGGGCAUCGUUGCCUGGAAACCAGCCUGAGUCCGUUGUAUUAUUCUGCAAAAUUGCUCGCGUAAAUUGAAUAAUGUUGUAAGUAAACUAUCAUGUAAAAUGUCUAUUAGAAUUUCUCGUGACAUUGACGACGAUACGCUGUAUUGUACUUUGCUGUAAUUAUUAUUAAGAUGUUAGACAAAUUUGCGAAUAUCGUUACUAUCCGUGGUUAAUUGAUCGAUUCUGUGACUUAUUAUAGUUGUGUAAAUAUUUAGGGACGAGUGUACGUGUUUGCCUCUCGCUUGCAACCUGUCGAUAAUAGAUAAGGGCAGUUCAUAACUUUAAUUCUUGGGUAGACAGUUUCGCAUUUAGCAAGUCUAUUCGAUUCAGGUGUUCCUACAGUCGUGGUACUUAGAAAUACCCACGUAUAAAUUAGUGCUAUGAUAUUGAAUGUGAUAUUUAGCACUUCUAUUACCAUCUGUAUAUUUGUUUCCCGUAUGACAGUAGAUAUACCAGGAAUGACAGUUUGUAAUUUGCGCUUGUAAAAGUGCGCGACGAAACUGCAAAGUGAAAUGAUUUAAUCGUCCAAAUCAGAAUUUCAGUAUUUGCAGCAAAUUUAAUAUCCUCGUGCACAGAUAUGAAGUAGCAAAGUGCCAAACUAAUAUCUUAAAGAAUUCGUGAUAUUUCCAAUAAAUGUUAACUCCUCAAGCAUUCAUCGGUCAUGAAUUUCUCGAAUCCAUAAACUGCUGCGAAGCAUACCCAAUAUUUUUCUGUUUCUUUAUUUAUCUCUUAGCUAAUCCGAUGUCUAGAAAUUAAUAUUUAUUUUUCUUUGUUUCAUUCACAAUUAUUUUACCUUAUGGUCUUGAGACUCUGUGUCGCUGUGUCAGAUCUCAAUAUCCUGUAAUUACGAAUAUAUCUUUUACAAAACAGUUUGCAAGCGAUGCGAAUGCAAAAAUUACCUGCACACUGAUACAAAUUAGCUAGAAUAUAAAAUUGUAUAUGAUAAGAGGAUACAAACGAAUGAUAAGCAGGAGUUAAUAAACGUGAUAAAGGAUAA